GAACUCAAUAAAGGAGGCAUAAACAUCGUUAGAUAGAAUGGCUAGAAUUAUUCCUGGAAAGGAUGUAGAGAGCGCAGAGUCCUUGGAUUAUUUAUGGUUUUUCUGGAAAGUUCAUGGGUGUUAUCCGACCUUAAAGUAUAAUUUUCUGCAGACAGUGCAUGUCGCCUCUCAUAUUUUGAUUGUAAAUUUCUUAACCCUCUUUUCUUUCAACUUCCAAUUAUUGUUUGUUGAAAGCUUAAAGCAGGUGCUUCACAAUUUACCAAUGAAUGUAGCUCUCAUCGCUGGUGCAUUCAGAUACUUUACAAUUCUGAAAUUGCAUGAAAAAAUCCUCGGAAUUUAAGACUAUUUUCGAAGUUUGGACGCGAGAAUCUCAACCGCUAAACAUGUUGAUGACAUAAAAAAGUCGGUUUUCUUCUGCAAACGGUUAACUACGGUAAUGAGUAUCCUGUACGUAUCUAUAGUGAUAAGUGCGGGUCUAAACGCUGCGGUGUCAAAUCGUCAGCUAUUGCUUUUUGAUGUUUGGGUGCCGUACAAUUUCCAUGAUCCUGCCUGGGUAUACUGGGCAUCUUUUUCGUUUCAAUUCUGGUGCAUCCUGAUGUCCGCGAUUCAAAACUUGACUAAUGACUUUAGCGGACCCUUGUACUUUAUUACGCUGCAUACUCAUCUAAAGAUAAUUAUGGAGCGUGUGGAAAAUAUUGGCUGGGAUCCGAAAAAGUCCCAAGAAGAAAAUUAUAACGAACUUGUGAAUUGCAUUGAGGAUCAUCGAAUUGUCAUGAAUGUAUUCGAGAUCUUACAAGGAACUACGGGUUACGCGAUUUUCGUGCAAUUUGCGAGUACAGCUCUAGUGUUGACCCUGGAGGCGCUGCACACAAUAAUUUAUGACCUAACCUUUACCGAAUUUUUGCUGGUUUUAUUCUACUUUCUGGACUCAACCCUUCAGAUACUUCCAGCCUGCUACUACUCAAAUAAAUUCAUGGUUCUAACCGACCAAUUCGUAACAUCGAUAUUUUCAUCAAAUUUUCCUGACCAGUCACAAAAAUUCAAAAAAACCGCAAUAAUUUUUAUGCAGAUGAUCCAAAAAAGCUGCGUAGUGCUGGCUGGAAAAAUUAUUCCGGUCACUUUGGCUACUUUUAUGUCGAUUUUAAAACUUUCAUAUUCAAUGCUAACAUUGGCAAGACAACUUCGUUAACAAUACUGGAAUAAAAGGGCAUUCGGUAAUAUAUUGAUGUGAAUAAUCUUUCUAAAUAUGCACAAUAUGGUUGGAAAUCGAGCCUGCAAAAUUGUUGACUAGAAACACAUAAGUCAGAGAGAAUAUUAACCGUCACAGAUUAGAUACAUGUAUUUUGGAAUGAGCCACUUUCUAAACACUUAAAACUUUGUCACGGAGGGACGAAUUUAUCGAUGAUGGUUGCAUCCAAUCCAGUUUUAUUAAAUUGCCUUUGAUAGUGAUAUUUGUGCCCGCGAGAUCAUCAGAAAACUUGAUGGGGUCCAGAAUCGGCCUUUCUUAACUCUUAAGAUUUCCAAAAUAAAGCACCAAUGAAA